UAUUCGCUGUGGUAAGGUAUAAAAGGCUUGCCGAAUAUAGCAGUUGUCAGAUCAUCGCCAUCGUCUUUCAAGGUACUCUUCUAAGUGAUCCACAAUGAAAUUCUACGCCGUUCUUCUCCUGCUAGUGGUCGUGUUUGUCGCCAACAGCGAAGCAUGGUGGAAGAAGAGGUGCAGGAAAUGUAAGUGGGGAGGAUACGGUGGAGGCGGAUACGGAGGCGGAGGCGGAUACGGCGGAGGGUAUGGUGGUGGUUAUGGCGGUGGUUACGGUGGCGGAUACGGAGCCGGAUAUGGCGGAGGGUAUGGUGGCGGUUAUGGCGGAGGGUAUGGUGGCGGAUACGGAGGCGGUUAUGGCGGAGGGUUUGGUGGAGGCUUCGGACGACACCACUGGAAGAAAUACUAAAGGACUAGUUGAUUUGUGCAGCAAAUAUGCUGUUAAGGACUGACCAACCGAUACGAGACCUGAUCGUCGCCUGACACUUUUUUGUUGUUUAGCUGAAAAUAAUAAACAUAUUUUAGCAUCAAAUAA